UAAAUAAGAAGACAGCAGCCAUUGGUAUCUGUCUGCUUCUCAUCUUCAUCAUUCCCACCAACAUUCACAAUCCCUUCUUCACUACUUCCUUCUGCAGUUUGUGCUCUUUAAGGAAGGAGGGGCUUCUGUCUUGAUUGAUUGGUUGGUUGGACGAGUUUCAGAGUGGUAGAAGGCAGAAAUGGGCAAAGGGGCAAUGUCUAAGGAAGGAGAAGGGGAAGAAAACAUGGCUGCUUGGCUUGUGGGCGUCAACACCCUCAAGAUUCAACCUUUCUCCCUCCCACCUCUCGGGCCCCAUGACGUGAGAGUAAAGAUGAAGGCUGUUGGAAUAUGUGGAAGUGAUGUUCACUUUCUCAAGAAAUUACAGCUUGCGCAUUUCGUCGUGAAAGAACCGAUGGUCAUCGGGCACGAGUGUGCUGGGAUCAUAGAAGAAGUUGGGACCGAAGUGAAACACUUGGUCCCCGGUGAUCAGGUAGCUCUUGAGCCCGGUAUAAGUUGCUGGCGAUGUGAUUACUGCAAAGGGGGCAGUUACAAUCUCUGCCCUGAUAUGAAGUUUUUUGCGACUCCUCCAGUUCAUGGCUCUCUCGCCAAUCAGGUGGUGCAUCCUGCAGACCUAUGUUUUAAGCUUCCUGACAAUGUCAGCUUGGAGGAAGGAGCGAUGUGUGAGCCCCUCAGCGUCGGGGUCCACGCUUGCCGCCGGGGUGAUAUUAGGCCUGAAACUAACGUCUUGGUCAUGGGCGCGGGGCCUAUCGGGCUUGUUACAAUGCUGUCAGCCCGUGCUUUCGGAGCACCGAGGAUAGUCAUUGUGGAUGUGGAUGACUACCGCUUGUCUGUUGCAAAGGACCUUGGUGCAGAUGACAUUGUUAAGGUCUCCACAAAAAUGGAGGACAUUGACGAGGAAGUGAAACUGAUACAGAAAGCAAUGGGAGCUGCAAUAGAUGUGAGCUUCGACUGCGUGGGAUUCAAUAAAACAAUGUCGACGGCGCUGAACGCUACACGUGCUGGAGGGAAAGUCUGUCUUGUUGGGAUGGGCCACAACGAAAUGACCGUCCCACUUACCCCAGCCGCUGCAAGGGAAGUUGAUGUGAUCGGCGUAUUUCGCUACAAGAACACAUGGCCGCUCUGCCUCGAAUUCCUGAGAAGCGGGAAGAUCGAUGUGAAGCCGCUCAUAACCCACAGGUUUGGGUUCUCGCAGAAAGAAGUGGAGGAAGCCUUUGAGACCAGCGCUCGUGGCGGGAAUGCCAUCAAGGUCAUGUUCAACCUUUGACCUAGGAGAGACAACCAACGUAAUUAAUAAGAGAUCGGUGCCAUACGAUCUUAAGGAGGCAGGAUAAGCAUAUCUCCAUGUUUAAAGAAGAAUAAACAUCCAGUUUGCUUUUGCUUUUGUAUUGUGGAUUAGGAGGGAGCUUGUGCAAUAUUUGGAUUGAUAAGCUUCAGUUUGAACCUAUUGAGUCGACCUGGACUGAAUGCAUCGGUCCAUGGAAAUUCGAGCGGGGAAUGCGAAUUAACAGCUAUAUGCAUUCCUGCGGAUCACACAAAGCUGAUAGUAGAACUCAGGUUAGGCGGUAAAACUCAUAUCGACUUCAGCUUAUUCAUCCUUACCCCAGCCCCUUGGAGUGGAGCACAAUCUUGGUGGCUGAGAACUUCCACUGGAAAAUUCUCUGAUCUAGAAGGAAUAUGGUAUGAAAACAAGGAGGAGAAAAUGCAUUUCUUUCUUCAGCAUGGAAUUCGAGGAGGAUAUUAUUGUUAGAUGGGGUCAUCUUUGGGAAGUCACAAUUUUCUUCCUCAUUUUUCCUCUCUUUUUCUUGUUUUAUUCAUUGAAAAAAUGAUGUUCUUCGUUCCACAAGAAGGAGUACACACGAAAUUAUUUGAGUUU